AUGGCGCGCGGCCGCCCAUCGCGAGCUGCAGCGCGUCGCAGCACGCCUGUUCGCAGCGCAACACCCCAGCAAGACAGCGACGAGGAUAUGAUAGAUGCACCAGAAUCGCGCGCCGAUACACCCAAGGAAGAGGAAGAGGAUGCUGAAUCAGCAGCUCAGGGAAGCGACGAGGAAGCCGCACCCUCUGAGCGUUCACCUUCUCCAGCAGUUAUCCAGCCGUUUCCGCGCAAGAAGCGUCUUGGUCGCCCUCCUAAGAACAGGCCGCCGGACUGGAAUGUCAUCGAGCCCGACAACUCCGAAGGCGGCACACCCGUCAAGCGCAAGCGGGGACGGCCGUCUGGUGGAGGUCGAGGAAGGCCUCCAAAGGGAGGGCCGUCGCAUACCACGCGCGUUCCUAUAGACAAAGAGGGCAACAUGAUGGACGUAGUCAACGAUGAGGUUGACCUACCAGAAGAUGAAGAGGGCGAGCAGAAGGUCGACAAGCUGGGUAACCUCAUGGGUGGACGAGACUACCGCGUGCGCAUAUUCACCAUCAAGGGCAGGGGCGACAGACAGUACAUGUUGUCGACUGAACCGGCUCGAUGCUGUGGGUUUAGGGACAGUUAUCUGUUCUUCACCAAGCACAUGAAGCUCUACAAGAUCAUCAUCGACGACGCUGAGAAAAGGGACCUGAUCGACCGCGACAUCAUACCUCAUUCCUACAAGGGUCGUGCCAUCGGUGUCGUCACAGCACGAUCUGUCUUCCGCGAGUUUGGCGCGCGCAUCAUCAUCGGCGGCAAGAGGGUCAUUGACGAUUACUACGUUACAGCAGCAAAGGAAAGUGGCGCAGUAGAGGGUGAACUUGCAGACCCCAACGACAGGCUUCCACCUCCAGGAGAGCCAUACAACAAGAACCAAUACGUCGCUUGGCAUGGUGCCAGUAGUGUCUAUCACACCGGUGUGCCCAGUGUACCUACUGCCAAUGGCAAGCCUGCCCCUGGAAAACGGAAGGUCAACAUCACCUCUGCUAACUGGCAAUUUGAGCAUGGCCGCGCUGCAAGUCGAUUCAACUCGAACCUCUCCAAGCUACGGAAAGCAAAUCUCACGGGCGUAUACGACCCACAUACCAACCUGAUGUGUUAUCCCAAGGUCACACAACCCACCCAUGCACGUUGGGAGGAGGUUCCUGCGGAAGAGACCGACGUACCUCCACUCGUUCGUCGCAAGUAUCUCGUGGUCGACUCGGUCUUCCAACAACCUCCCUUCGCCGGCCUGGGCAUACCCGGGCCCGAUGGUGACUUCGUUGACGUCGGUACAAACGGUCUACCGACCCUGGACGACGAGGACAAGUCGAACAUGAAGCCCGAAGAACUACAAGUGUUUGAGCAGAUCAAGGCUGAAGAACAAGAGUGGCGCAGCCAAUGGGGCGGAGAGAGCACUGACGGUGCGAGAGUGAAACCGAAGAUUGGUUUCGUGGGCGUUCCGGUUUGA